CAAGAAGUUUUCUUUUAAUUCCCCCCAUACGUACGAUCAAUGGGGUUGAUGAGACACAAUAGGGUAAACCAGAUGAUAAGUUAUUCUAUAAUUGUUUUGUUCAUUUUUAUAGAGAUUUUCAUUAAUAUUAAGGGAAUUUUAUGUAAUAUUAACGUUGAUGGGAAUUAUAUAUCGGGAGUGGGAGAUCCCGGAAUGAGAAGGGAUGGCCUAAGGGUGGCCAUAGAGUCAUGGAAUCAAUGCAAUGAAGUUGGAGAAGAAGCUCCACGCUCCGGCAGCCCUAGGCUCGCUGACUGUUUCGAUAUCUAUUCUACUUCUCAGCUUAUCGAUUCAAAAGAAGAGAACACCUGUUUCCCAUGCAAUACGAUGCCGUACAUGUUGGUCCACAGAGUUACACCAGAAGAGAACGAACUAAAGACAGGAGAGCCCUUUCUUGGGCUUUCACCGCUGGCGCUAUAUGACCCAGACCUUUACGCUGCCGAAAAGGAGCUCUAUUUGGGCAUGAAAUGUGAAGUUCAAGAUCUCCCAAGCCCAUGGCAUUUCUGGAUGAUCAUGCUCAAGAGUGGGAACAUGGACACUUUUGCAGCUAAGUGUCCCAAAAAUGGGGUCAAGGUCGGACCUUUUGGACCCGAUAACAACUUCCCAUGUUUCGGAUCCGGGUGUAUGAACCAGCCUGCCAUUUACCAUGACUACACUACUUUGCAGGGUCCUGAUAUGAGCACCUUAAGGGGAAGGUUUUAUGGGACGUGGGAUUUGGAUGAUCAUCACAGUUUGGGUGGAUUAUCAACGGCGGGGAUUGAGAAUGUUAACUUUUCAUACCACUCCGUGAGUUGGGAGAAAGAGAUUGGAAAGGGAAGUUGGGUAUUCCAUAAUGUCUUGAGGACUUCAACCAAGUAUCCCUGGUUGAUGCUUUACUUGAGAUCGGAUGCCACAAAUGGGUUUUCUGGUGGAUACCAUUACCCCACUAGGGGAAUGUCCAAAAUUAUCCCAGAAUCACCAAACUUCAAAGUGAGAUUGACCUUGAACGUGAUCCAAGGCGGAGGUCCCAACAGCCAGUUCUACCUUAACGACAUCGGAAGCUGUUGGAAGAACGACGGCCGCCCCUGCGACGGCGAUGUGACGUCCGACGUGACCCGAUACAGCGAAAUGAUCAUCAACCCUAAGACCCCAGCAUGGUGCCAACCCAACAACCUCGCCCCCUGCCCUCCGUACCACACGUUCGCCGAUGGCAGCCGCGUCUCUCGACACGACACCGCUCGUUUCCCUUACUCGGCAUAUCACCUCUACUGCUCCCCAGGCAAUGCCCUACACCUUGAGAAGCCCUACACUCUCUGUGAUCCUUACAGCAAUCCUCAGCCUCAGGAGAUUGUGCAGCUUCUACCUCACCCUGCCUGGGCUGCCUAUGGCUAUCCCACCGCCCAAGGACAAGGCUGGAUUGGAAAUCCCACCACAUGGGAGCUCGAUGUUGGCAGAUUGUCCCAAUCUCUUUUCUUUUAUCAGGAUCCAGGGACGACUCCGGCUAAAAGGAAAUGGACGUCUAUAAAUUUGGGAACUGAAAUUUACAAAGACCCAAAUCAGGUUGCCGAGUGGACUGUAAGCGACUUCGACAUUCUUUUAACUAAGCCCUGAAGAGUGUACGUGAAGUCUUUAUAUAUAAAUAUAUUAUACAAAUUUUAUUGAGCACUUUAUAUUAGCUAGAGCUCCUUAUUGGGCCUAUAAUUCAAGGUUAGAAUUAAUUAGUACUUUACGCUUUUGUUUUGUUGUAUUUGUCUUUUUCUUUAUAUUUUAAGGCUUUGGGGAUACGAUCUCUGUACAGUAUUUGGAUAAUCAAGCAUCAAGGACAAUGUACGUAAUUAACUUACAGUUUUAUGUACAAUAUUUUACCAUAU